GUCAAUGCACAACAAAUGUCUGUCGCUCUCGGUCAAAUCGAGUUGGAAGGACGUCGUGUGCCACUCAUGCUAAGCGGGCGCAGUUUGCCCUCUUUUCCACCGUACGAUGUGCGCCCGCGUGCUGGUGGAAUGUGUACGCAUCGCUUUUUGACUUCACUGCCACCACAAGAGUUGUUUUUCCACUCUAUGGCAGGUCGAGAUGGUUUAGUUGACACGGCCGUCAAGACCAGUCGGUCUGGAUAUUUACAACGUUCAGCAAUCAAGCAUUUAGAGGAUCUUAGCAUUCAGUAUGACGGGACUGUACGGGAUUCCGGGAACAAUGUUAUCCAGUUCCGAUACGGUGACGAUGGAGUGGAUGUGUGUCAGUCUAGCUUCCUUCAACAGGCCGGUAUGAAUAUGUUCGCGGACAACGCUACGCUUUUCAAUCAACGCUGGCAAUCAUCGUCAUUCACAAUGGACGAUCCAUCUCGAGCACGUCUGAUCGAACAGUGUCCCUUGCCUCGACCUCUUCAAACCCUAGCUGAUAUGGUUGGAGUGCAACGUGAAACAGUACGCCAGGAGUCAAUCCCACAUCGAAAAAUCGUCAAACUGCUUCGCAAAGCACGUCGCGCAGCUGCGGCAUUCAAUAAAGCGUCUGAAGAAUACAAACAACUCUCACGAUCGGAGGUACUCGACAACGAUCUUGUUCCACCACCACCAUGUGACACGGCUGCUGAUGUACGCCAGCUGUGUUUGGCGAAACUGAUUAGUGCACAAGCACCCCCAGGAGAACCGGUGGGUUUGCUGGCUGCUCAGUCUGUUGGUGAACCGUCCACUCAAAUGACACUGAAUACCUUCCAUUUUGCCGGUCGUGGUGAGAUGAACGUCACCCUGGGCAUCCCUCGCCUUAGAGAGAUUCUAAUGUCCGGUUCGGCUCAAACCAGCACUCCGUGUAUGGAAGUACCUGUCCUACCGAGCGCUUCGGCUCGCCGAAAUUGCAUGCAGAUUGCCAAGCGCAUGUACAAACUAAAACUGGUUGAGACGAUCAAGCUCCCCAUCGGUGAGAAGGUGGACUAUGCGUCAGAUUCAUGCACUCUGGAAUUCCAACUUUUACCUCGUUCAGCCUAUUCCGAACGAAGUCAUAUCAAACCGACCCGCGUACUUCGGUUCCUCGAACGAGUACUCUUCUCUGAUCUGGCCCGUCGAUUGGAUCACGAACUACGGGACCAAGGGAAAACCACCAAUCACUGCCCAUUGAAUGAUUUUUAUGUCCAAUGCCAGAAGCAUUGGAAGACCUCUAUUCGACCAUGGCCUCUGGUCCUUAACCCUGACUCGCCUUUCGGAAUUCUUUCUCAGGCUAUUCGUCGACGUCGUAUGGAGGCGGAGGCUGAAGAUGAACCGGCCGUUGGUGGACAUUUGACUCGGAACCAGAUCAUAGAUCUGGACGAAGCGAUCGACGAUGUCGAAGAUGAUGCUGAGGUGGCCGAACUGCGUGAACUAGGCGUCGAUCCAGAACGAAUCCGUGACGAGGAAGAUGACGUGAGUGAGACUGAGGGCAAUGAUCGUCCUGAAGGAGCUUCCAAUUUGAAGAAUAGCAAUACUCUUCCUGGUAAAUCCCCCAUUGGUGCAAAGACUGCUGUUACUGGAUCGAAAGAUGCCAAAGAUGAUACUGGGCUGUUGGAUGAAAUGGAUGUACAGGCAAAUGAAGAUGAUGCGGAACUGCCUCUGGAAGAUGUCGACAAGGAGAACGGGAACAAGGCUGAUGAAGAUCUGGAAAUGGAAUACGAAAGCCGACGCACGAUGUUCGAUCCCAAAGAGGGGCGCAUUUCGAUCGAUUUGAAGACACUGGUUACCCGUAUUGUCAACCGAAGUGUGGUCUCCUCGGUGUCGGGGAUUGAGAAAAUUAUUGUGGACAAAUCAAACCAAUCGGAAUGGAUGUUCCGGGUUGAGGGUGUCAAUAUGAUUGAAAUGAUGCGAUAUCCGGAUGUGUUCGACCUUUCACGCCUAUACACCAACAACAUUUGUGUUAUGAGUCAAACUUACGGCAUCGAGGCUGCUCGGGCUUCCAUUCAGAAAGAGGUAUCCAGUGUCUUCGGACAUUAUGGGAUCUCGGUGAAUCCGCGACAUUUGUCGUUAAUCGCGGACUAUAUGACCAAAUCGGGCACCUAUCGUGCUUUCAAUCGUCUGUCCUUCCGCGGGCACCCUUCUCCGCUACAACAGAUGUCUUUUGAGACAGUCAGCAGUGCACUCAAGGCAACCAUACAGGACGUUUAUUUGCGCUUCAUGCCAUCGAACGCAAAUCGUAUGGCAGAAGCGCAUUAA